UUUUCAUUUUCAAGAGUAUAAAAAAGCUACACGUCGUUGUAGUUGCAUAUAGUUUUCAGGCUUACUACACGAAAGUAUGAAAAAUCUAAUUCGACUUUCGGUCGCAAUCAUACUUGCCACAUUUGGCAACACAGCGAAUGCAUUUACUUGCACUGUGACGGGGUUGUUUGCGAACACCGACUCCAAUGACUGUAAAACAUUUGUAAGCUGUGGCUACAGCUUGCAGCCCGAAGUUCAUAGCUGUCCUGAGAAUACAUUUUUCUGGCCCGCAAAACAAGGAUGUUUCAGUCAAUACAACUGCGCCACAAACUCAAUGCCCAGCAAUACGAAUCCAUGUGAAGGGAACAACUAUUACAGCAUUCCGGACCCUAGUUCCUCGGACUGUUCAAAAUAUAUUCAAUGCAACCGGGGCUACGUUUACAACAACGGUAUAAGCUUUCCAUAUCCGCAAGUCACAAGCGUACAAUGUGAUAGUGGAACAGCAUUCAGACCGGAUACUGGAUGUGUCAGCGGUUAUGUGUGUGCCAACUAUCCAUGCACCAGUGAAGGUUACUUUCCGAAUUCGAACAGUGUUGAUUGUACGACUUUUAUUGAAUGCUGGAAACGUGAUCUUUGGCUUAACAACGGCCAAGUGACGACAUUGCACUCAAAUGUGGUUACAUGUCCAGCUAAUUCAAAGUUCAAUCCUCAAUUGGACAAAUGCGACUCGUUCUACAAUUGUGAUGGAAAUGAUCCACACGCUGGAACUGAUCCGUGCGGCCAGGUCAACUGGGAUAACACAAUAGUUGCGAACCCUUUUGACAGCACCCAAUCAUCGUAUAUAUCGUGUAGAUAUAGCGACUCUGUUGGUUAUUAUUCUGGUGGUUUCGUUUAUCGAAAUGGUAUUUUGAAGGAACAAUGUCCUGCCCAAACAUUCUUUUCAUCACUUCUGGGAAAAUGCUACAGCGCCCAUGUUCCCAACGAAAAUUGUUCAAAGGAUCCAUGCAGUAGUGGACCGGGUAAAUACGUUAAUUAUCCUUCCGGUGGUUGUCAAACCUUUAUCGAAUGCCGAGAUGACACCACCGACCGCAUAUUGUAUGAACCGACCUACGAAAUUCGCUAUUGUCCACCGGGAACACUUUUCUCACCAACAACGGGUAAAGCAACAGGUAAAUGCAUAUCAGGAUAUUCUUGUCCAUCGUUCCCGGCAAAUUAUUGCUACCCAGCAAUUGCAACGACCACUACAUCGACAACAACAACAUCAGCACCAGCAUAGAGGGAUUUGUUUUUAAAGAUUUGAAAUGU